AUGUCCCGAACGUCGAAGAGUUUGUCGUCCGAAAGCUCCCUGGACGGAGACUCUGUCUGCUCCGACGAGCUGCUCGGCUCUCAGUCGCGUCGCUGGCUGUCGGACCUGCUGUCCGGGGACGCGUCUCCGGAGGGCACCGACAGCACCGACGGCACCGACGUCCCGGUCGGGCUGGACGGGCUGUUCGUGGACUACCACUUCCCCGUGGGACAGCUGGAGCUGCAGGCCGGGGUCAAGUGGAAACGACCAAAGGAGCUCUGUGCGUCACCUCAGUUCAUCGUAAAUGGAGCAACACGCCUGGACGUCCGCCAGGGAAAGCUCAACGAUUGCUGGUUGCUCUCUGCCAUCGCGUCUCUCUCCUUGCAUCGCUCCCUGCUCAAGAAGGUCAUGCCUCUGGAACAGAGCUUCCAAGACGGAUACAAGGGCUGCUUCAGCUUCUGGUUCUGGCAGUACGGUCUGUGGGAGGAGGUGAGGAUUGACGACUUGUUGCCGACUAAGGACAACCAGCUGAUCUACCUCAGCUCCCCAGAGAGAAAGGAGUUCUGGAGCUCCCUGCUGGAGAAGGCCUACGCCAAGCUGAAAGGUGGCUACCGAGCUCUGGACAUGGGCUUCCCUCACGAGGCCAUGGUGGAUAUGACGGGCGGGGUGGCUGAGGCUCUGCAAAUCUCCUUGCUGCCCAGAGACCUGCCGGCCUUCCUCAGACACCUGCUGGCUAAAGGAGCGCUCAUCAACUGUGCCAACUGCCAGGGUCCUUUGGGGCAAAAGAAUGAACUGGGGAUCAUGUUCAGACAUGCCUACUCUCUGACUGCAGUAGAGGAGGUGAAGACGGCUCACGGCACCAAGGAUUUGGUUCGGAUCCUCAACCCCUGGGGCAACACAGAGUGGGAGGGGCCCUGGAGCGACAUGAGAGGUCCAGAGUGGAACACAGUGAGCGUGGGGGAGCAGAAGAGGCUCGACAGAGUGAGCCGGGAGGACGGGGAGUUCUGGAUGUCGGUGUCAGACUUCCGACAGCACUUUGAGAAGAUGGAAGUGUGUCACCUGACCAAAGGUCUCAGUGAGCCAGGGUCCAGAGUGCUGCCGUGGAGCUGCGUGAUGCAUCAUGGGAGCUGGGUGCCAAACAUCUCAGCGGGAGGCCCAACCCAAGGGGGUUUGUUCUGGCAGAACCCUCAGUACUACUUUACCCUGUCAGAGGUGGACAGUGACACAGCCAACUCUAAGAAGAUGUGUUCCUUCGUUUUGGCUCUGAUGCAGAAGAACCAGAGAAGGAUGGGCAUUAACCUGGCUAUAGCCCUACAUAUCUACCCGGCCCAUACCCAGAACACAUACCUGUCCCCAGAGGACCUGAGAGUGAGCCGCCCGGUCCGCUGCAGCCUCAAAUACUCCUUGCGCCGGGAAGUGGUUCUCCGAAGCUCCCUCCCGCCGGGCCGCUACAUCAUCAUCCCUUCAGUCGCCGAGGCCAAUCAGCGGGGAGAAUUCCUCCUCCGGGUGCUGUUGGAGCAGGGCAACGCUGCCACUCCAGCCCAAAAACCGCCACAUGAGAUCCCUGCAUUAACAGAAACUCCAUUUCCCCACCAGGCGGCUCUUCCUUCACUUAAAUCUAUCCAACAGAUGUUCAACAAGCACUGCAGCAAGGGGCUUUGUAAACCAGCGCAUCUCCACGACCUGCUGACUGAAGCCAUACAGGGAGGAGUGUUGGCCGGCAGCGAGAAGUACUUGGCCCUGGAGCACUGCAAGAGCCUGGUGGUCCUCAUAGACAGCCAGGGCAACGCUCGGCUGAACUGGCAAGACUUCCAGUGUCUGUGGACCAAGAUCCGGAGGUGGACGGAUAUCUUCCUGAUGUUUGACAAGAACAAAACAAAACACCUGGAGUAUAAGGAGGUGGCCCCCGCUCUGAAGGAAGCAGGCAUCAUGGUGGACGAUCUGAUAAUGCAGCUGGUCGGACUGAGGUACACGGAGCGGGACGUGACCAUCAGUUACCCAGGCUUCCUGUACCUGCUGAUGAAGCUGGAGAGCAUGACCCACAGAUUCCAAGCGCAUGACAUGGCGGGGAUGGGAACCAUAACCCUGAGCUACACACAGUGGCUCCAAAUGACCAUGUACAACUGACCCGGUCCACUCUGACGGAUUCAUCAUUGCUCCGUUAAGUCUCUCCACUCUAAGUUGUCCUGCAUGAGUUUAAUGUGUCUGUUUUUUUCAUGGGUAUGUAAGUCGAUGUACAGUGAACAGACGCGACCCAGUCAUGGAAACACUGGGGGUCAAAGCUGUGAGGAAAGGUUUAUGAUUCACUGUGUUGGUGGCUCUUCAGCAAAGGUCACCUCAAUGAUUUAAUGAAUGACACUUUACAAUGUUGCCUAAAAUAAUCACUUUUAACUAUGUUCAACACUAAAAACUGACAGUUCUUUUCUUAGAAAUGAUCCCAUUUAGUACAGAAGAUUUAAAAUGCCGACUUAAACACUUAAAGAAAAAAAAGUGAAUUACUAUUAACUACCACCCUUAAAGACAAGACACUUGAAUUCUGAGAUUUGGGGCUAUUUAGCCUCCAAACUAGUGGAAAGAAAACAUCCAAAAUACACAUUUAAGUGUUACUACUUUGUCUAUUUGUGUCUGUAGUUUUCUCCUAAAUCUACCAAAAAGCUCCCAUUAGAUAAUGCCUCAAUAGCAUAUUUAAACAUUUUCAGAAAACUUUUAUUAAAACAAAAAUCAUUGUUUUUUGUCAGAAAUCCACUGGGGAAGAUUCCUGUUGAUAAUAUGAGAUCCUUUUCUUACCCUCUCCUCCUGUAGUGUCUCCCCUAUGACACAUUAUUGUGUGUAUUAUUUUCAUGGCAACAAGUCUGUUAAUUGAUUAAUAAUUAAGUUGUGUCACCAUUUCACUGUUCUCCACUAUUUCCUUUUCUAUUGUGAUGCCUUAAAGCAGAAAAGUGAUAACCUGAAUACAAAAUGAUCCAUUUAUGCGACUGGAUGGAUGACGUGUACUUGAUUGUAAAAGAAACAGUAUAUAGAGCGUAUAUUUGGGCUUUGUUUCAGAUUCACAGUGCGUGA